AUGACCGAGUUUUUCGAAUAUAUGCUUUCAAAAGCAAAGAGCUCAUUUCAUGUCGAUUCCAAGAAGAAGGAUGAUGAGAACGGAAUGUCGAAAAGACCCUUGUUUCCUCCACCUCCGCCACCUUUCGAUCUGAAUAAAAACUACGUCGGCCAGGCGCACCGAACAUUGAAGAGUAAACCGGCUGGUCCAGUCACACCACUUACCCGGAGCGUCACAACGAAUUCUUUCGGGUGUCAACAAAAGAAGGAUAAACCGAUCACGCGUACUUUCGACCUCAUCAGCUGGCUGCGAAACAAGAAAAAGAACCCCUCGAAAAAAGUCAACGUCACGAAGUCAAUGUUUGACCUCACUUCGGAUUACUGA